AUUAGACAGGGACUCUGUCAUAUUGCAAUCGGAACCCUCGAUGCGACUGAAAAAUUGUCAGUCCUCAGGUGAAAAAUUUAGUUUAAAUAGUUAAUUUUGGAACAGUUUUUAUAAAGUGAAUGUGUAUUUUGAGGGUAAUCUAAUCGGGAAGUUGCGGUGAAUAGUUUUCAAAUCUAGGCAUAAGCUGCGAUUGCUAUUUUUUCGGUGAAGUUGAUUUCCGCAUAUGCAAAUUAAGGAAAAGUUAAGAUAUUGCCACUUCCAAACUAUACUUUAUGUACAACAAUUCGAUAAGUCUGAGCGAAUCAAAGCGUUGUGCUGCAUUCGAUUGUCAAUUUGGCCUAGUAAAUUGUUACUAAACUAACUCCGGGAAGCUCGAAAAAUGUGAUAAAUUGCCAUUAUAUCAUCGUUUAGGGAUAAACUUUUUCGCAUAGGAAAAAUUGGUUCUUUCUUCUCUUGCGUAUUCUUCUUCGCCUUGAGUUGGUGCUGCAUAUCUCCCGGGCGCAAGUUGAUGUAUGGCUAACUAAGCGAUAUGGCGACGACAUUCAGACAGCAGCACGGAGGAACGAAAGCAAUCGAUGGGAAGACUAAAUAAUCAAACCGAUAAGUCUACUAUACCUAUAAUGCACAAUCAUUGUUCGGUCGCUCUUCCGGAAAAAGAAAGAUCGUAAAAAAGAUAAGCAGCGCCCGAAAGAAAAUCGGUGGGAGUUUGAGACUAACUUGAGGCGCCUUUUCCUCGGUUCCUAAUCAGUGGGGAUAGUGAUAAUUAAUCAGUGAUUCGUCGUUGGGACACGGCUGCUAAAACAUGGCAAAAAAGAUUCCCUUCAAGGUGGUGUUCGCCUCAGAUGAGGAUUCUGACUAUCCGGCGAGCGAGUUGAACAGCCACAGUCCCACGGUUCAUGGAUGGCGAUCGAAUCCGGCUAGUCCGGUGACCCCGAAGGAAAUAGUUUUGAGAUUUUUCAAUCCCGCUAGAAUCGUCCGCAUCCAGGUUCUAGCUCAUCAGCAUUUCAUACCCGAGCGUAUUGAACUUUGGAUACACUAUUCGAGCAAGAGCGCACCGAGCACUCCGUCCAGUCAGAGCUUCGAAUACAUGGGAUUUGUGGCGUUGUCUGAUAAUUCCAACACCAACUACACAUCGCGAGAGUUGCAAAGUGUGACCGUGUCCCCGAAGGUCGGUUCACACCUUAAACUGCGACUUGGUCCACCGCACGUCAACGAAUUCAACUCAGACAACCAAGUUGCACUGCUAGCAAUCAACAUCUUAGGCGAGGAGCUAAGCUCGGAAGAUCUUGCCUCGAUUCAAUCUAAUGCCUCGUUGUUGAACGCAUCUCCAGCGAAUCUUGAGACUUUGAACAGCUCGCUUUCGUCGGUGUGCGACGAUCUUUCCUACUCCAUGUAUGUCGAGGAAAGUAUCUGCGAUGUUGUUCGUUUGAUGGAGACGUUGAAAGUACAAGCUGUUCAAGACGAACGCUUCGAAUACGCUAGAAAGCUGAAAUUGUGCAUGAGCGCGUUACGGAAUGCCGGGGAACGGCUUGGACGAUACGCUCUAGCAAAACGCCAAGCCGUUCAACAGGAAGACUUCAGCACGGCACGACUCCGCAAAGAGCAGAUUGAAAUGUACCGAAAGGCGGUGUUCGAUCAACUCAAGGUCAACACGCUACUCCAGAGUGACAAAAGUAUCGCGUGCAACGAUUCCUUCUCGGAGUUGUACGCAUCCAAACCUAUGUUGCCUUCACCGCCUAGUCUGCAGGAUGUGGCUAGUGCUUUGUCGGAGAAUUCGCUUCCUGCUGCGGUAGAAAUUACUACCCGGCACCAAAUUCUCCAGGACACGACUGACUCAAUGACCACCACCAAUUCGACCACUUCUGCCUCGAGUAGUGGCGUGACGCAAAAAUCACAGGAAGUUACACCCAGCAAGGCUCCGUACAGCCUAUCUCGACCUGAGGACAUUCCAAACUCGCCCAUGUUAAGCCACAAGGGACGAAGUCCGAUGCGAUCGCCCACCAGUACCGGAUCAUUGCGGAGACGUAACAAAAGUGCACCCCGCAACAGCUACGAAGACUACGACGAGCGAGCAAUCUCCACCAUAAGUUCGCAUACCAAUGAUUUCCUGAGAGAGUGUCAAGGGACGGCUAUGAUCGAGAGCGAGACUGGCAAAACGCGGUGCAAACUCAACGAUAGAGAACGAAGGCAAGCCGCUCUCCCAAUUCUCGUUUUCGGCAUGGAGCUGGUUGAACUGAUCUACUCACGGCAGUUCACUGACCGCGAGGAAGGAUUGGUAAGGCUUCGAGGUAUACUGAAACGUGAUAGCGAAGACGAUCAAUCAGCGGGACCCAACAAGAUCUGUCGAAGCGCUACGCUUCUGCUACAUCGCGGAGUCCGUGAUGCAGUUUUCUCUGGGUUCAGUCAAGCAACCGAAACUGUCCGAACGCUGUUCAUGGACUUUGUGCCAAACCGAGUCGCACCUAGUGAAGUGGCCCGAUCGGUGGAUCGUCUGCUCCCAGAGCUUCUGUCCAAGAGCGGUGAUCCUUCGGCCAGGGUUCACACUCUGGCCCAGCAUACCAUUCUCAGCAUAGCAGCGUGUCCCGAAGUUCGUGAUCAGCACUUGAUAGCACCGGCCCUCUCGAGACCCGUGGGCAGUGGAACCCAUCCGAGGCUGGCAUUGAGCAGAAUGCAGAUGCUGGAACAACUGGUCCUCAGUCAAGGUAUAUCCAACGAUAAGCAAAGCGGACUCGCGUGUCGGACUCUUUCCGAGGCCGGUUGUUCCGGGAUUCAUCACCCGGCAGAAUCAGUACGGAAGGUGGCCGAACGCGUACUGCUACUGGUUUAUAAGGUAAACCCUAGAUUAGUGAGAAAGCAGCUGCCUCCCGAUGAUGAUGUUACCAGGAGGAAUCUGCUUUAUCGCCAGUUGUUUACUGAGUUUGAUAAGAUCGAUCUACAGCGAAAGAAGGACAUGUUAGAAAACAAGCAAUAUAAUGGACCGAACCCUUACGCGGGUAUCUGUUCACCGCCGAUGUCGAGCAGCUCGAAGAAUUCGCCUCCGGUUGAGAUGCGAAACCGAGCGUACACGGGAGGAUCGAGCAGUCGAACCAUCGUCAGUUUUUCCGACGACACAAAUGCUAAAAUCCAGUCAAAUUUCAGUUCAUUGAAAUUGCAGGAUUCCAACUCGAGUCCGGUGCGAAGACCAGAUUCGGCAGGAAUAAUCAAGAGCAAGAGUGGCCAUGCGAUCGGGCACCACCACCACCAUUGGCCCACCGCCAGCGAGUUCGAGUCGGACAGCAAUGGGAAGGACUUUGCGAGUGUGGUCCAGCAGAAGCUUAGCCAGCCGAAGACGCUCAUCUACGACAGUACGAUUGGCUUUUUGGGUUCCGCCGAAAAUGGGGCGGCCGGUUCGAGGAAGAGCUCCAACUCGGAUUCGUUCGAGGCCAUGGAAAACGAAAUUCGCUGCCCGUUCUGUGAUUGGAUCUGCCACGGAGACCCGACCCAGCUGGAUAAGCACUACUGGAAGGCGUGUCCGGUGCUGACGAAAUGUCCCCAGUGCAGCCAGAUUUUGGAGGUGGCCGCACUAACCCCUCACCUGAUAAAUGAAUGCGAAGCCAAAACUAGUUACGUGACGUGUGAACGUUGUACGGAAUCGGUACAUAAAGAUCUGUACGAGUACCAUAUGAUGGAAGAUUUCUGCAGAGAAUUGACAACGGGAGCUGCCAGAUGCCCGCUCUGCCACGACGAUGUGCUGUUGCCCCUGGAUGGAGGCUGGAAGCGGCACCUGUUGAGUCGAGCAGGAUGUUUGGGAAACACUCGAAGGCGGGCCAAAGUUUAAAACAUUUUUAAAGCUACCUUUUCAGCAUUUUAAGCGGAAUUUUUGAACAAAGCUAUUGGCAACUCAUCUCUCAUUGGAGAUCCUAAAACAAGCUUUUAAAUGGAUUUUAUUCGCUUAUCAAACUACUACACUCAGAGUGAAUAGAUAGACUUUUUCGAAAUUAAUUAGAAAAAUAUGAAUCAUAUGCAAGCACCAAUAAAAAAAGUCAUUCAAAAGUACACACAAAAUUUUACGAUUUAAUCUUUGUCAUCACUUAUAGAGACUAUGUAUACAAACGAACAAAAAAACGAGGCAGUUGAUGAUCCAUGAAUAUUGAAUACAAAACAAAAUUAUUCUAAGUAUUUAAACAAAAACUAUUAAAAUUUGUGAAACAAAGUAGGAAUUUAUCGGAAAAGCCCAGCUAGAACCAACAAAAAAAAAAAACAGAUAGUGCAAUGAACGCAAAAUAACGAGUUUAAAGUCAGUCAGUCAGAAGAAAGGUUAAUCACUAAGUUAAAGGUAAAGUAAACUUUUCCAUUAGUAUUACGACGCGUACGAUUAAGUAGAAUCUUUUGUUGAGACAAAAAAAAAACACUUUUUGGAUAGAACAACUUACUCAUUUAGGAAUUAUUAUUCUUUAUAGUACGUACUAAUCCCAUUUUGAUAUAACGACAAAAGUAACGAAAAAGUAAUUAAAUGUUAUUGACUAAUCCUUGAAACCAGUCCAGAAUCAAAACAACAAUAAAUGAAACAAAAAAAAAGUAUUUCCCGUCCUAACCUGAAUGCAAAUAAACGUUUUUUCUUCUUUG